AUGCACUUCUUCACCACCACCGCCGUCAGCGCCCUCGCUGCCCUUUCCCUCGUGCAGUUCUGCCCUGCUCCUCCCGCCGUCAUCGGUGCCGUCGCCGGUGGUCUCGGUGGUGGUGCCAUCUCCGGAGGUAUCGCUGCUGGCACCCAGAACAGCCGCCGUGAUCUCCCUUCCGGUGUCUCCCAGGAGUCCAUCGACCAGUGCACCCAGCAGAUCAACGACCAGGGCACCCCUGUCAACGUCUACAGCACUGGUGACGACUGUGCGUCCCCCAUUCCACCCAAGUAUACACAUUUAUUGACUUCUUUAGCUGCCCGCGCCGACGAUGUCCCCCCUGCCUGCAUGAACCUUGCUGCUGUUCUCCUCGACAACCCUGCCCAGGCCGGUGGCCCUGUCCCUACCCCCAUGGGCAGCGCCAGCCUUGAGUACACCGGUCUGACCGAGCAGGACAAGACCGACCUCCAGAACGCUCUCUCUGCUUAG